CCAAUUCAAACUUUAAUUCAGUAUAUUGUAAAUAUUGAUAAGUUAUCUAACAUUUAACUGAAAGGGCUUUAUUAAUUACGCCUGCGAUAUAAUUUGCUUCCCACCUGUUUCCAAUGAAAGGAUGAACAGGUCCUAGUUCAUAUUCAGAUAGGUAACUGAAGCCUCUCAAAAUAACAUGACAAUCACUCACUAAUAAAAUUGUCAAGCUUUCCUAGCAUCCUGUAUUGAUGUAAAAGGAAGGUUUUGAUAUAGACUUAGCAUCUGUUUUGUUUUGGUAUCAAUGGUCUCAGCGGAGGAGGUUCUGAGCUUGAAAGAAGAAAAUGUCGUUUUUGUUUUAGUUAAGUUUAAUCAGGCGGGGUGAGAGGUUGCUUUUUGAUCAUGCCUUCGAUGCACCUACCUGAUCGAAGCUUGGUAGCUGUCAUCUUCGAGGCGAUUAUUUUCCUCACAAUGUGCGCCGUAAGUGUCACAGGAAAUACUCUGGUGCUUUUGGCUGCGUACAAAAGCCCUAAACUGCGAUUGACCACGAAUCUGUACAUCAUAGCUCUGGCAGUGAGUGAUUUGGUCUGCGCAACAGUAGAAAUGCCGAUAGCUGCAACAACAGUAAUCAAGGGAAAGUGGAACUUUGGUGACGGAGUAUGUCAGUUCCAAGGUUUCGUUGAUGUAUUCGUUACGUAUGUGACUCCUGCGACAAUGGGCUUAACGGCGUUUAACAGAUACAUGCGGUGUGUCAAGACCCACAACUACAACAAAAUAUUUUCUCCCCGAAAGUCUAAGAUUUGGCUGACUUGUGUCUGGAUAUCUUUGGCAUCGUAUCUCGUCAUCGCCCGAGCGACAAACUGGAAUAAGUACCAGUUUAUUGCUGGUUACGCCCUAUGUAGCGUAACUUUUACAACAAGAGAAAGAAAGUUUGUUCACUACUGCAUCGUUUUCGGCUUAUAUUCCCUCUUACCAUUUUCCGUCGCCUGCUUUAGUUAUUGGAAAGUUUUCUCCAAACUCCGCCAUCACAAACGUCAGGUUCUUCCAUCUCUUGAGAACAGCGUUAACCCUCAGAGCCGAUUAUCUGCGCAUGAAAUCAACAUAAGCCGGGCGUUGUUGUACGUGGCAGCAGGAUUUUUGUUCUCUUGGAUCCCACUGUGGGUUUUCGCAUUUUGGAAGCGCUUAUCUCCAGAGACAGUUCCCAGAUUUGUAGAGUUAGGUGUCGUCCUUAUGUUAUUUUUGAGUGCCACAAUAAAUCCUUUUAUUUAUGCAGCCAACAGUCGCGUUUUGAGAGGAGAAAUUGGCAAUUUAAUUUGUUGGUGGAAAGUCAAAAGGAGUACAACGAUAAGAUAUGAUCACGAUAAAAACGCUAGACAAGAAAUGAAGCAACUACAGGUUCAUGAAGAUCGCCGGUAACAACGAAAGAAGUACGGGUCCACAUCUAAA